AGGCGGAGGUGUUUGUCCGAUUUUCCCACUCCUCUGCGGACAUCGAUCGGAGGAUGCAACCCGGCUUUCCAGAGGCAUGAAACUCCCCUCUCUGGCAGCAUUUCCCCUCCACCGCACAACGCCUUUGCUGAAAGCGAAUUUUUCAGGAGUCCUGGAGAUUCCCACUUGAUCGCCGUCCAGAAAGACACUGUGUACUAUUGAACACUUGCUUCUAUAUAGAUCGGGUUGUGCAGAUAAUGAAAAAAAUGAGUAACAUCUAUGAAUCAGCAGCCAAUACUCUGGGAAUCUUUAGCAGCCCCUGCCUGACCAAGGUAGAAUUGAGAGUGGCAUGCAAAGGCAUAUCUGACAGAGAUGCCCUCUCUAAACCAGAUCCCUGUGUCAUACUGAAAAUGCAGUCUCAUGGACAAUGGUUUGAGGUUGACCGGACAGAAGUCAUAAGAACUUGCAUAAACCCUGUCUUCUCAAAGCUAUUCACAGUGGACUUUUAUUUUGAAGAAGUACAGAGGCUACGUUUUGAAGUCCAUGAUAUCAGCAACAAUCACAAUGGGCUGAAAGAAGCAGAUUUCCUUGGUGGCAUGGAAUGUACUCUGGGGCAGAUUGUUUCUCAGAGAAAACUCUCAAAAUCUUUAUUGAAGCAUGCCAACACAGCAGGGAAAUCUUCCAUAACGGUAAUCGCUGAAGAAUUAUCUGGCAAUGAUGACUAUGUUGAGCUUUCUUUUAGUGCAAGAAAAUUAGAUGACAAGGAUUUCUUCAGCAAAUCUGAUCCCUUUCUGGAAAUCUUCCGAAUGAAUGAUGAUGCAACCCAACAGCUUGUUCAUAGGACCGAGGUGGUGAUGAAUAACUUAAAUCCAGCUUGGAAGGCAUUUAAGGUGUCUGUAAAUUCCCUUUGCAGCGGUGACCAAGAUCGCAGACUGAAGUGUAUAGUCUGGGACUGGGAUUCCAAUGGCAAGCAUGACUUCAUUGGAGAAUUCAAUUCAACUUUCAAGGAAAUGCGUGGAGCAAUGGAAGGAAGACAGAUUCAAUGGGAGUGUAUAAACCCCAAGUAUAAAGUAAAGAAGAAGAAUUACAAAAAUUCUGGCAUCAUCAUUCUUAAUCUGUGCAAGAUUCACAAGAUGCAUUCAUUCUUAGAUUACAUAAUGGGUGGCUGCCAAAUACAGUUUACAGUGGCUAUAGAUUUUACAGCCUCCAACGGUGAUCCUCGGAACAGCUGUUCUCUCCACUAUAUACAUCCAUAUCAACCAAAUGAAUACUUGAAGGCACUAGUUGCUGUUGGGGAAAUCUGCCAGGACUAUGACAGUGAUAAAAUGUUCCCAGUGUAUGGCUUUGGAGCCAGGAUACCUCCCGACUAUAAAGUAGGUGAACAGGUAUCUCAUGAUUUUGCAAUCAACUUUAAUGAAGAUAAUCCAGAAUGUGCAGGGAUUCAAGGGGUUGUGGAAGCAUAUCAGAAUUGCCUCCCAAAACUUCAGCUUUAUGGACCAACCAACAUUGCUCCCAUCAUCCAAAAGGUGGCUAAAUCAGCAUCAGAAGAAACAAACACCAAGGAGGCAUCGCAAUAUUUUAUUUUGUUGAUUCUGACGGAUGGGGUCAUCACAGACAUGGCUGACACGCGUGAAGCCAUUGUACAUGCCUCUCACCUCCCCAUGUCGGUCAUCAUUGUUGGAGUCGGAAAUGCUGAUUUCAGUGACAUGCAGAUGCUUGAUGGGGACGAUGGCAUCCUGCGGUCUCCCAAGGGAGAACCAGUUCUACGAGACAUUGUUCAAUUUGUGCCAUUCAGAAACUUCAAACAUGCAUCCCCAGCUGCAUUAGCAAAAAGUGUUUUGGCUGAAGUUCCAAAUCAAGUGGUCGACUAUUAUAAUGGGAAAGCAAUUAAACCAAAAUGUAUGUCAGAAUAUGAGUCUUCCAGGACACUAGCUCCAUGAACUUUCCUACAUACUUGACAGAGUCCAGAUGAACUACUAUUUACAACUAUUGUACUUAAAAUGAAAAUAGCACGUUUUUGUGAUUUUUACUUAAAUUUCCACUCCCUUUCAUUUUUGCAUGUGUAGCCUAAAGGCUUACAAGUAAAGAUUAAGCUACUGUAUGUUGAAGACUUUUUAUGGAAAAAAACAAAAACAAAAUUAUUACUCUUUACAGCAUGUCAUCUUGAAAUGAAAAGUUAUCUGUAUCUGUUUUUUUAUACUGGUUUGUUGAAAAUUUGCUAAAUUUCUUAUUAUCUUUACACUGUAAAGCAUUUUGAAACAUUUCCUGGAAGUUGAUAGCCAAAAUAUAUUUGGGUUUAUCUGCUAUUAAAAUGAAAAGUUUUUUUCCAAGUGGCAGAUGCAUGGAUUAUAUUUGCAUGUUCCAAAAU